ACUAUACUCUUUACACAACAUGAAACAUUGAGAUGGAAAUGGCACAACCUGAAAAAGAUUCAUACACAAUUUCUGUACUAAUGCAAGGAUAUUCAUACGAAGAUAGAAAUGGGGAUUUCAAAGCAAAUGGCACGUGUACGUUAAUCACUGGUGCAAGCAAGAUACUUGUUGAUACAGGAAGCCCAAGAGACAAAGAUAAGAUUAUUAAAUGCUUGCAAGAUCAUGACUUAUCACCCUCAAAUAUUGAUUAUGUUAUUUGCACUCAUGGUCAUAUAGACCAUGUAGGAAAUCUGAAUUUAUUUCCAAAUGCAAAAUUUAUUGUCGGAUAUGACAUAAUGUAUGGUGAUAGCUACCAGGAUCACGAUUUUAAAAAUGGAAAGAAUUUUAUUGUAGACAACAAUGUAGAAGUUAUUCCAACACCUGGUCACACACAUGCUGAUGUGAGUGUUUUAGUUCGAAAUGUUAAAGACUAUGGCACGGUUGUUGUGUGUGGAGAUCUUUUUGAAAAUGAAAAAGAUAACAAUGAAUGGAAAAGCCUUAGUGAAAAUGUUAAAAUUCAAGAAAUCAACAGAGAAAAAAUUUUGAAAAUAGCAGAUUAUAUUAUUCCAGGACAUGGAGCCAUGUUUAAAACAAAUAAUCGAUAGAAAUCCCCGACAAUUUAACAUGUUCGCUAGUUAUUCUUCUUCUUGUGCAUUAAUCAUUACUAGAAGUUGAUAAUUUGUCAAAUCAGGACCUCUAUUGCACUUGGAUUAGUUCUAUAGCUCAGUAUUUGUAAAAAUUAUUGGAAUAAUACAAUUUAUUACUCUUUUCUAA